GUUCUGUCAUGGCCGCUACCAAUGCUCUAUCCGCUGUAGAGGAAGAGAAUGCUAGGGUUUUUGUUGGCGAGACAAGCUGGAUUGGAAGACCCUCUUCGCCUACGAAGAGUGGAGUCCACACGAAGGGUUUUGGGACUGGAGUUAAACAAAGACAGAGAUAUUGAAAGGAUCCAUUGCAAUGGAGUUAACACCCUGGACAUUGAACCUGUUGAGGGAAGAUACAUGUUAUCAGGUGGUUCAGAUGGUGUGAUUGUUCUUUAUGAUCUUGAGAACUACAGCAGACAACCUUAUUACACAUGUAAAGCACUGUGUUCUGUUGACAGAAAUCAUCCUGAUGUUCACAAAUACAGUGUGGAAACUGUACAGUGGUAUCCUCAUGACACUGGCAUGUUCACAUCAAGUUCAUUUGAUAAAACUCUGAAAGUAUGGGAUACAAAUACAUUACAAACUGCAGAUGUAUUUAAUUUUGAAGAAACGGUUUAUAGUCAUCAUAUGUCUCCAGUUGCCACCAAGCACGCUUUGGUAGCAGUUGGUACUAGAGGGCCCAGAGUACAACUUUGUGACUUAAAGUCUGGAUCCUGUUGCCACAUUCUUCAGGGUCACAGACAAGAAGUAUUGGCAGUUUCCUGGUCACCACGUUAUGAAUAUAUCUUGGCAACUGCAAGUGCCGACAAUAGAGUGAAAUUAUGGGAUGUGAGGAGAGCAUCAGGAUGUCUGAUUACUCUUGAUCAGCAUAAUGGGAAAAACUCACAAGCUGUUGAAUCAGCAAACACUGCUCACAAUGGGAAAGUGAAUGGCUUGUGUUUUACAAGUGAUGGGCUUCACCUCCUCACCGUUGGUACAGAUAAUCGAAUGAGGCUCUGGAAUAGUUCCAGUGGUGAGAACACACUAGUGAAUUAUGGAAAAGUUUAUAAUGACAGUAGAAAAGGAUUGAAAUUUGCUGUCUCCUGUGGCUGCAGUUCAGAAUUUGUUUUUGUGCCAUAUGGUAGCACCAUUGCUGUUUAUACAGUUUACUCAGGAGAACAGAUAACUAUGCUUAAGGGACAUUAUAAAAGUGUUGACUGCUGUGUGUUUCAAUCUAAUUUCCAGGAACUUUACAGUGGUAGCAGAGACUGCAAUAUUCUUGCUUGGGUACCAUCCUUAUAUGAACCACUUCAUGAUGAUGAUGAGACUACAAGCAAAUCACAGUUAAAUCAGGCAUUUGAAGAUGCCUGGAGCAGCAGUGAUGAAGAAGGAUGAAGAUCAAUCCUAAGUACCUUUGCAUCUCUAUUGACGAAAUUUUUUUUAAUGGGACUUUUAACUGUUCAGUGACAGCUAAAUUAGCCCUCAAUUUGGGUGGCUUUUUUCUCCCAUGUUUUAAAAUGAGGUUAAUAUUUGCACAAAGUCCGGAAACUGACUUAUAUGUAAUUUCUUUAAUCAAAACAUGUUU